GCGCUAGCCGCAGGUGGGCUGAACGGAUGCGCGGGUUUGAUGACAUCAUGGGAACGCACAGGGGGAGUAAAUGGAGGUGGUAAUGGUUUCAUCACACACCGGUUCAAGUGCACUUCAUCUCUGCCUUUAAAAGACAUCGAAUUCUUUGCUAUAUGAGGCCCACCGAAUUGUAUGGCUUGAUCCAUCAACAAAUAAAAAAUGGCAUCAACAAUGGAAGCAGCAGAUAUCGUUGUCGUUGCCAUGUACUUCGUUCUUGUCCUGUGCUUUGGCUUUUUUGCAAUGUGGAGGGCAAAUCGAGGUACCGUGAGUGGAUACUUCCUAGCCGGACGUUCCAUGAACUGGAUAAUGAUCGGUGCAUCACUGUUCGUCAGUAACAUCGGCAGCGAGCACUUCAUUGGCCUCGCUGGCUCAGGUGCAGCAAGCGGUUUCGCCGUUGCUGCUUGGGAAUUCAAUGCGAUUCUACUGCUGCAGCUCCUGGGCUGGGUCUUCAUACCCGUUUACAUCCACUCAGGUGUGUACACCAUGCCGGAGUACCUCUCCAAAAGAUUCGGUGGUAAGCGGCUGAAGGUUUUCUUCGCGGCCCUAACUCUGCUCCUCUACAUUUUCACCAAGCUCUCUGUGGAUCUGUAUUCCGGAGCACUCUUCAUCCAGGAAUCUCUGGGCUGGAAUCUCUAUGUGUCCAUAAUCCUGCUUAUCACCAUGACUGCCCUUCUUACAGUCACUGGUGGCCUAGCGGCGGUCAUCUACACAGACACUCUUCAGGCUUUCCUCAUGAUAUCGGGAGCUUUGUGCCUGAUGGCUAUCAGUUUAGUUAAGGUAGGAGGUCUCGGGAGUUUGCACACCAAGUACAUGAAUGCCGUUCCCAACAUCACUGCCAUUGUGCUAAAGAAUAACAUCACCUACUCAAAUUCCUGCCAUGUGGAUCCCAAACCAGAUUCGUUCAAGAUCUUGAGAGGUCCGUUGGACAAAGAACUGCCGUGGCCUGCUUUUCUUCUGGGCCAGACUCCAGCCUCGAUCUGGUAUUGGUGCGCAGAUCAGGUCAUAGUCCAGAGAGUCCUGGCAGCUCGGAAUAUUGCCCACGCCAAAGGGUCGACCUUGAUGGCCGGCGUCCUAAAAGUCUUACCGAUGUUUAUCAUUGUAAUUCCAGGGAUGAUCUCGCGUGUGCUCUUUGCUGAUGAGCUUGCUUGCAUUGGUCCAGAGCACUGCAUGCAAGUCUGCAACAGCAAAGCUGGUUGCACUAACAUUGCCUAUCCUCGCCUCGUCAUGAACGUUAUGCCCGUAGGAUUGCGAGGUUUGAUGAUGGCCGUGAUGCUCGCCGCUCUCAUGAGCGAUCUAGACUCAAUCUUUAACAGCGCCAGUACUAUCUUUACCCUUGAUAUCUAUAAGAUGGUACGUCACCAAACUUCCUCUAAAGAACUCAUGGUGGUGGGACGCUUGUUUGUGAUCUUCAUAGUGGCCAUUAGCAUAGCUUGGGUCCCAUUUGUCAUUGAGUUGCAAGGUGGUCAGAUGUUCCUCUACAUUCAGGAGGUGUCUGACUACCUUACGCCACCCAUUGCUGCACUGUUCCUGCUUGGCGUCCUCUGGAAACGUUGCAAUGAGACCGGUGCAUUCUGGGGUGGCAUUGUGGGCUUCUUGCUAGGAGCCAUAAGACUGAUUCUCGCCUUUGUAUAUAGAGAGCCGGACUGUGACACAACCGAUGACCGUCCUGCCUUUAUCAAGGAUAUUCAUUUCAUGUAUGUGGCAGCUGUAUUGUUUUGGGUUUCAGGGCUCGUGACAGUCGUCGUCAGUCUUUGCACGGAUCCACCAAGCAAGGAACAAAUUGCUACAACUACUUUUUGGGGACUGCGCAACAGGAAUCAACCCGCAGAUGCACACACAAAAGAGACAGGAGGCAAUGGCAAACUUUAUCAGCUUUCAGCGGAAACAAAAAAAGAGAAGACAUCGGAUGAAGUGGAAAUGAAACCAUUAUCUCAGGUUGUUCAAACAGGCCCUGAAAUACUUUCAAAUGGCCACUUGGAGUCUCAACAUACCCACAAAUAUGCAGGGAGAGAUAAGAGACAAUGUGUGAAAUGUUUGGAGUGGUUCUGUGGCUAUAGUAAAAAUUCAGAGGAAACAGAUUCCCCUUGUGGAGAUGACGACAGGAGUGUUACUGAGAUGCUCAAAGAACCUCCAAAAACCAAAAUUGUCCUCAAUCUCGGCCUCUUGUUAGUGUGUACACUCGGAAUUUUCUUGUUUGUAUACUUCUCUUUGUAAUGCUCAUGAUUCUAUCUAAUGUACAACUCAAAAUGUAAUGUGAUAAUGCCAUUGCCAAGUAUUACUGAUACUCUUUAGUGCUGGUUACCAGUGCACUGCCAAUACUGUACAUUUGUUCAAUGACUCAUAUUUAAACUCUAAACAUGUCAGACAUUCACAUUAUGUGUAAUUAGUACACUGACUAACAUAGCGAUCAAAAGAAUUGAUGUCAUUUGAUGUGAGAUUUAACAGGCAAAUUUUACCAUUGAAGCUGUUUUUUGUAAAGUCACGUCACCUACAUAUUUAGUGCUGAUCAUAAUACCAAAGCUGCUUGAAUUAACCAUAUGGUAUUUCCUUAACCUCAAGGAAUAUUCAUGGUUCAGUACAAGUUUAGCUCAAUCAACAGCAUUUGUGGCAUAAAGUUGAUUACUACAAAAUUAAUUUCCACUUUUUAUUUUUUCUCACUUAACAGUGAGAAAAAAUAACAGUGAAUGGGGCCAAUCAAUAAAUGUUGAAAUACUCACUGUUUCAAUAGUAUAGCCGCAACACAUGCUUGUUAACACACAUGCUUGUUACAGUACUGUAGAAAAAUACAGAAUAAUUUUUUUGGUUUUUUUUGCUUUUUUCCCACAAAAAUAAAGAAAAAUAAUGAUAUUUUUUAUGGUAAACAACAUUCUCACAAAUGCUGUUGAUUGACCUUAACCCAAAAAUUCCUUCAAGUUUGGCAUAUUUGGUUAUAUUUUUUGUAUUUUUUUAUAUAUAUAUUUGUAACCUUACUAGCAGAGUAAGGCAGGUGAAAGCAGUCUGUGAGCUCUGUGACUUGUUCGUCAAUCUCACCACUGAAACAUCACUGCCCACCACUGACCCCAUUAAAAACCCAUAGGAUUUUUUUGAGUUUGUUUGCAACUGCUUGUUUGUCAUUCUUUAACCCCUUAACUGUCACUGUCCCACUUGGCGCUUUUUUAUUGCCUUUUUUUUCCCUAUCAUAUGUUUUAGUAAUCAUCAUAAAUUAGGUAUCAUUUGAAAGCUUAAAAAUUCAUUCUGUGAAAACCGUUUUUAAACCAGACUUUGCUUUACCAUGUAAACUUACUUUAAAGGGAUAGUUUACCCAAAAAUGAAAAUUAUCUCAUGAUUUACUCACCCUCAAUUCAUCCUAGGUUUAUAUGACUAUCUUCUUUCAGACGAACACAAUCUGAGUUAUAUUAAAAUAUAUCCUUGCUCUUCCAAGCUUGAUAAUGGUAGUGAACAGUGCACGAGAUUUUGAAGCCCAAAUAAGUGCAUCCAUCCAUCAUAAAAAUAAUCCAUACGACUCCAGGGGCACCUUCUGAAGCGAAGAGAUGGGUUUUUGUAAGAAAAAUAUCGAUAUUUUAAACAUUAUUAACUAUAAUAAUUAGCUUCCGGUAGACGGCCGUACGCAUCGGUUUAUGGCAAAAGAGCAAUUUUAGAGUAAAAUUAUUUUGUAAAAUAAAUAUUUUGUAUAAAAUAAAAAGUGUUUAGUACAAUACAUGUGUUUUACAGUAAACCUAAACUUCUUUAACUUUUUUACACUUUCAGUGCUUUCACUUUAGCAAUAAUCUGCUGUGUCGUCUUAAGCUUUAAAAAGCUGUGUCUUCUUCAACCUUAGGUCUGUAUUCCAAAGCAUUCAUGAAUUACAACCAUUUAAGUUUGGAUAGUGCAUUUUCACAUCUAUGCUCAAAAAGGGAGUGACAGUUAAGGUCACUGAAAUUAUGUGGGCUAAUUAAAAACUCUUGUCCAAAUAAUACAACAUUCAAAUAUUUAUCUAUCCAACCUUAAACAUUUACCCUUGCUCAGUCCAUGUUAGCAUAGUGACUGAAAUAAAAUCAU